UCAGUUUACCAAGCAAUGGGAACUAAGAGACACUUCGGUUCCUUUUCCCUUUCUUUUACCUCUCUUUUCCUAUCUUCCUUUUUGUAUUUGUUUCGGAUAUGGCACCCAAAGUUUUGUGUACCCGUAUUCUUCCGCCGGCUGCACAACGACGGCUCGAAGCCCAGGGGUUUGAUCUUGUGCAAUGGAAGAAGGACACUGCCAUGCCGCGCGAGGAAUUGCUGGCAAACGUCGCCGGUGUGGACGCAGUUAUCUGUCUCUUGAGUGACCAGAUAAACGACGAAUUAUUGGAUCAUGCAGGUCCUCAGCUCAAAACGAUCGCAACAAUGAGCGUUGGAUACGAUCAUAUCGAUGUUGACGCUGUUCGUGCCCGAGGAAUUCACAUUGGUUAUACACCCGAUGUGCUGACAGACGCUACAGCCGAUUUAACCGUGCUAUUGACAUUGGCAGCUGCGCGUCGGAUGAAAGAGGGUAUUCGCGCCGCGGAGAAUGGAGAGUGGGGAGAAUGGCGACCUACCUGGUUAUUAGGAUCUCAAUUCACCGGCAAAACAUUGGGCGUGAUUGGUCUGGGAAGAAUCGGAGAAGCCGUAGCGAAACGUCUUCAGGCAUUCGGUAUUCAGCGCACCUUGUACUGGGGCCGCAAAGAGCGACCCAAUGCGGUGAAUGCUGAGUUUGCUUCUUUGGACGAAUUACUGGCUCAAUCGGACUAUGUGGUCGUGUGUGCUGCUUUGACCCGCGCCACCAAACAUAUGCUAAAUUAUGAUGCCUUCAAAAAGAUGAAGAGAACAGCUGUGUUUGUGAAUACUGCUCGUGGCGGUAUCGUACAGCAAGAUGAUUUGGUUCGUGCUCUGGAAGAGAAUUUGAUCGCUUCGUGUGGUCUUGAUGUGACAACGCCUGAACCGCUUCCCACGGAUCACCGCCUGUAUCAGUUCCCUAACUGUACUAUUCUGCCUCAUAUUGCAAGCGCCACCAUUGAGACAAGAGAAAAAAUGGCGGACAUGUGCGUAGAUAACGUGCUGGCUGGCUUAUCCGGCGCGGCAUUGCCCUUUGCUGUGCCAGAUCAACCAUCUGUGUUGCGCAAGUUCUUCGUUUAUUAAGACAUCCCAGAUGCCGUUAGCAGAUAGUUUUGGUCAAUCAUGGUCGAGGCACGGCAUCAAUUCUAGUUCUUUUAUAUAAAUAUACAACGAUAACGAGGAGCCUAGAUGGAAGUAAUGCAGCUGCCAAAAAAUCGUCGAAUAAUUUCGCGACCAUAGGGAAUAUAGCUGGCUCUAAAAUGCAAUGGAUAUCAGAUGUCUAUAUCCUCUUUCAUAGUUACGAGAUUAUACUUACGAGUACCACACCAAUGCGCAAAACUGAAUAAUCACCAACACGAUAGACAGCACGAAAUUGUGAAGCUAAUGAUAAACGAAGCAAAUUUGAGCUGUGUGAUUCAAGAGUAAUUGAUUCAGCGAUACUUACCAAUAUAGAGAGAACAAGUGUCA